UUGGGAAUGUUCUGGGAGAGCUCUGGAAGAACCCAGAAGGUUUGCUGUUUAUAUUCGAUGGAUUGGAUGAAUUCAAAUACAGUAUUGAUUUUUCUUAUCACAGAAAUACAGAGCCACAGUUCAUGUGCACGGAUCCUGAAUGCUGCUGUGAAGUGGCUGACAUUGUGUACAGUUUAAUCCAGCACAAGUUCUGCCCAGGCUGUUCAGUGCUUGUGACCAGCCAUCCCACUGCACUCUAUUUACUGGAAAAGGCUGAGAUCAGUGACUGGGCUGAAAUCCUGGGAUUUGUUGGGGAUGAGCGGAAGGAAUAUUUCAGCAGGCAUUUUGAGGAUCAGAUGGUGGCAGCAGCUGUUUUCAGACACGUUGAGGAGAACAAGAUCCUGUAUACCAUGUGCUACAACCCUUCGUACUGCUGGAUCCUCGGUCUGUCACUGGGUCCAUUUUUCACAGAAAAAGACAGGAAACAGGAGCAAGUUCCCAGGACCAUCACCCAGCUCUAUUCCUACUAUAUUUAUAACAUUCUGCAAAACCAUGGCCGAGAGAUUGAAGAUCCCCGUGAUGUGUUACUGAAGCUUGGUGAGAUGGCCUUCACAGGAGUCUCUGAGAAGAAGAUUGUGUUUCAGAAUGGAGAUUUGAACCAGUACAUCCAGCAACCUUCCCAGUUCCUGUCUGGAUUCAUGAUGAAACUUUUGGAGAGAGAUGAUUCUGCCUACAGUGUAGUUUACACAUUCCCACAUCUCGCCAUCCAAGAGUUUGUAGCUGCACUCUCUCAAUUCCUGAUUGCACAUCCCAAGAACAUUCCAAAGCUCCUCCGUGAAGCCCUUAGUAAGAAGGAUGGGAGAUUUGAAAUAUUUCUGUGUUUUGUUGCUGGUCUCUCUUCCCCACAGGCAGCGCAUCCACUGGAGGAUUUUCUGGGACCAUUUCUUCAUCAAACAACUUGUGAAGUGAUCGAGUGGGUAAAUAAAACCCUUUUCAGAUUGGCUGGAAGUGUAACUUGUCACGCUGGGAAAAGAAACCUUCUGGUGAUGUUACAUUGUCUAUUCAAGUCUCAGAAUAAAGCACUGGCUCAGGCCACAGUGGGAAUCUGUGGAAACACUUAACUUUAAUGAGUUACGACUGACCCCUGUUGACUGUGCAGUCGUCUCUGACAUCAUUGGGUUCUGUGAUUCAAUAAAACAGCUUGGACUUGAGGAUUCAGUAUUCAUUGUGAAGGAUUCCAGCGGCUGGUAUCCAUUCUGCACAAAUGCCACACCUUGAGUUGAUCACACUGCACAAACCAAUCAGCUACUUGUUGCCGGCCAAAUCUCCUGUUGUACACGCCCUGUGGAACCAGCCUGACUGCAGUGAUCAUCCUCAUUGAUUGAACAAAGCAGCUGUGUAAAUGCCAUUUACAACUGAGUGGUAAUAAUCUGGGAGAAUCUGAAGUGAUAUCACUGUGUGCAGCACUGAGGAAUUCAGACUGUAAAAUAGAGAGACUGGGGUUCCUCCGAGACCAGUUGUGAAUUUCGCUAUUUGUUAAGUUUCCCUGGACGCAGUCCGAUGUCCAGUGAUUCAUGAAUUCAAACAGCAAAGGCAGUAAGUGGCAAAAAAAAAAAUUAUUCAGAGAAACUUAUAACGAACAGUGUGAUAAUAUUUACGUGUAACUGUCUGACCCGAUCUUGGAAAUAAAGAGAUUACGUUUUUACCCAUAAAAAA